AUGGACGCCAGAGCCUCGGCCGACCCUCACCAUCCUUAUCUCUCGAACUGGCCUGCCGCAAGAGUCCCGACCACGACGCCUGCCACGGACGGUGUCGUCGGAGACGUUGCCGCCUCCUCCUUUCCGCCCCACCUCGACUUUCUCCCCUUCAUCUUCCCACAGCAGGCCAACAUUUACCACGCCCAGCUGCUUCAUUACCAGAAGCUCGUCUCGCCAUCCCGAGGUGGGGGCCUUCAGACGCCACCCCUGCCCCCCGUCGUCUCCCUCCCGCACGUCCCCAGCGCGAGGUCGCGAUCGUCCAGCAGGGUCUUGAUCAAGGACGUCGAAAAGGCCGCCGGGGGCCAUGGGAGCAGGCACCACGACAAGCGCGUCACCACGGCAAAGGACCCUUCCAGGAUGCCCAAGCAGCAGCCGCCCGCCGACUCGUCGAGGAGCAUACCGAAGCGCAUGGCGACGUCGACGUCGUCGAGCUCAGUGCCGUCGACCCCCCACCAGCACGCUCGCAAGUUCUCCUUCGAGUCCCGCGACCCCUCGCCGACGGCCAACGGCCACUCGCCCCGCUCCGCCUACUCGGAAACCAGCAGCACGCUGCCCUCGCUGCGGCCCCUGCCCCCUAGGUUAGGCGGUUGCCGGUACGAGACGGCCCAGAUCAACUCGCGUCGCCGGAUACCCUACUCGGUCGGCAACGACCGUCUCGAGAAGCUUGACCUGCGCGCCAUCAAAUCCACUUUGUCCGAGAGCGAGGAGAAGGCGCUAUCCGCCGACAUCCGUGACCUCUACGACCGGUUGCUGCCCACCGACGCCGUCGAGGAGAACCGCAAGAAGCUCGUCGGCAAGCUCGAGAGGAUCUUCAACGACGAGUGGCCCGGCCACGACAUCAGGGUCCAUCCGUUUGGCUCGUCCGGGAACUUGCUAUGCUCCGAUGAUUCCGACGUCGACAUUUGCAUUACGACCUCGUGGCAUGAGCUGGAAGCCGUGUGCAAGAUUGCCCAUUUGCUCGCGCAACGCGGCAUGGAAAAGGUCGUCUGCAUUUCGGCCGCCAAGGUGCCCAUCGUCAAGAUGUGGGAUCCCGAACUGAGCCUCGCCUGCGACAUGAACGUCAACAACACGCUGGCGUUGGAGAACACGCGCAUGGUCCGGACCUACGUCGAGGCCGACCCGCGCGUCCGCCAGCUGGCCAUGAUCAUCAAGUUCUGGACGAGGAGGAGGAUCGUCAAUGACGCCGCAUUUGGCGGCACCCUAAGCUCAUACACCUGGAUAUGCCUCAUCAUCGCCUUCCUGCAGCUCAGGGAUCCUCCCGUCCUCCCCGCCCUGCACCAGCUCCCCUUCAAGAUGCCCAAGCCGGACGGUUCCGUCAGCGAGUUUGCCGAUAACCUGAAGCGGAUCAAGGGUUUCGGUGCCAAGAACAAGUCAUCCGUCUCCGACCUGCUCUUCCAGUUCUUCCGCUUUUACGCCCACGAGUUCGACUACGACAAGCACGUGCUGUCGGUCCGCCAGGGCAAGCUGUUGACGAAGCUCGAGAAGAACUGGCACUACCAAAUAAACAACCAGCUUUGCGUGGAGGAACCGUUCAACGUGUCUCGAAACCUCGGUAAUACCGCUGACGAAUAUUCCUUCCGCGGCCUGCACCUUGAGCUCCGCCGAGCCUUCGAUCUCAUAUCCGAGGCCAAGCUGAGCGAGGCCUGCGACCAGUACGUCUACCCGAAGGAGGAGGAGAAGGUUUGGACCCGUCCGCCGCAGCAGCCCCGGCCGGUCCUCGUCCGCAGCUCGUCGCAGUCGCACUCGGGUCGCGGCCGCGGGGGCCACCGGGGACGCGGCAACUACCACCGGGGCUCGAGCCGGCGUGCCUCGUCGAGCAUGCCGACGUCGUACGAGAACGGCGGGCUGAUGAUGCCCGUCGGCGUUCCGGGGGACAUGUCGUGGUACCACAACGCGCACUACCAGAUGCAGUACACACAGCAGGACCUCAUGGCCCAGAUGGCCUACCAGGAGAACCUGCGGCAGCUGCAGCUGUACACGCAGCCGGCCUACCUGCAGGCCCUCAACCACCAGCAGCAGCAGCAGCAGCAGCAGCGGCAGCCGGACCGGUCAAGGACCAACUCGUUCGACAACGUGCCCGUCACGCCCGUGCGACCGGACCUGUACGCCCUCUACGGCAUGACCCUCGGCCACUUUUACCCCGGCUAUGGCACGUACCCGUCGUCGCCGGUCGCGAGCAGCCAGGAGUUCCGCCGGCCGCUGCAGCGGACCGCCACGACCGACAACGCGCCGACUAGCAGCUCGCCUAGGUCGCAGUCGCAGCCAGCGUCGCGGUCGCCCUCGGCCAGCCAGCCCUCGCUCCAGGCGAGCACGCCGAGGCAGGUGAACGGCGUCCCGCUCCCGAGCUUCAUCUCGGACGACGACUUUGACGAGACGCCCAAGGCCGAGUCGCCACAGUCGGACAGCUUCGCGAGGGAGGCGGCGAGGGACCUCGUCCGGGACCCAGCCGUCGACGUCGGCCCCGCGCUGCCGGGGCCCAACGGCAUCGCCUUCGGGGACCUCGGCCCGGGCCGGAGGCGGCCGUCGACCGACACGCCGCAGACGAUCCUGGACCGGCGCAUGCGACGGUCGACAUCGCCGUCACCGGGACACGCGCGAACCUACUCGGCCGGCACGUCGGCUCCCGGCUCGAGGCCGUUGGUCGUCAACGGUUCCGGCUUGACGAUGCCCGGGCGGGCACGGACGGAAUCGCUCUCGUCGGUGUCCUCGAAGGACCUGACGCCGCCGGGGGUGGACGGCGGGUCGGUCCCCAGACCGAUCGUCGUCAACGGAUCGAACACGCCGCUCACGCCACCGGGCGACGACGCUUCGUUUCGGGAUCGCGUCGUCAUGAUGCGCACCUACUACAUGCCGCAGGCCGCCUCGCAGGAGCCCAACGGUGGCGCCUCUCGGCUGUCUCCCUCGGCGCGACAACGGCUCAUGUCUCGACAGCCGCAGAACGGCGUCAUCGCACCGCUCGACCUCGCCAUCGGGGAUCACCGCAUGAGGCCGUCGGUUGUCGAUUCGGCACACCUCUCUCCCGUCUACGAGACGCGGACGCCGUCGCCGAGCGCGUUCCGCAAAGAAAGCUGGCUUUCCGACGGCAGCAAGCACGGCUACGACAGGACGACGGCUUUGACCGGUUCCGCCAUGGCGACCAACGCGAGAGCGGUGGACGAUACGGCGGCGCCAAAGGCCACGGACGCCUCCGUCAGGUCACCGACGAUGGCGGCCAAUGUGGUGGAGAAUGCGGCGACAAGCGCUCUCGUGAUGGCAUCGGCCAGCAGCACGUCGGUAUCGAUGAAGGAGGCGCGGGCGAACGGCCACGUGCGGGGCGCCAAGAGCGAGAGCGACGGCGGGUGGCAGAAGGCAAAGGCCAAGAAGAAGACGCUGGUGGUGGCAGCGUACGGCGAGCCGGCGCCGAAGAACGAGCACGAGCGCAAGGGGGGCUGA